GUACAUGGGGUUAACUUUAUCUAUUUUAAUUUGAAAAAAUACUAUACUAAUCAUAUUUUUUUAAUAUCUGAAAUCGAAAAAGCCUAUAAUGUUGUUCGCCCUGCAGUGUUUGGUAAUAUUCUUGAUCUUCGUCUAUUGGAUUGGAACCAAAAAUAAGGAGUUCGAUAAGAUUCCCAGACCACCAGGAAUUUUCUUUCUUCACAAUACUUUAGAUUUUUUGGCGGACACAGUUACAUUAUUUUACCAUGUCAGGAUGUUAUCUAACAAAUACAAAAGACUGAUUGGAAUAAAAUUUGGUCCUGUAAAUGCUGUUUUUAUAACCUAUCCAGAAGAUAUAGAGAAAGUAAUUAACGGGAGCGCUGUUAGUGAGAAAGGACUUAUGUACGGCUUUGUAGAGCCUUGGCUAAAGCAGGGACUUCUUUUAAGCGAAGGUUCAAAAUGGCAUCAACGAAGAAAACUAUUGACACCCGCAUUUACCUUCUCUAUAAUGUCUAGUUUUAAAUCAGUGAUUAUGGAAAACUGCCAAAUAUUUUUGGAUAAACUUGAAAAAGAAGUGAGUGCAUCCAAAACAAAUAUAAUGCCGUACAUUGAGGAUUUUGUUAUAAACUCUAUAUGCGAAACUGCUAUGGGCACUAAAUUGGAUGAAGAAGACAGCAAUUUUGGUAAAAUGUAUAAAGAAGGAAUUUACAAACUGGGACAGUACGCCUUGUAUAGAGCACAAAGAGUGUGGUUCCACCCGACGUUCACAUUUAAAUUUACAGAAGUAGGAAAAAAGCAGGAAAAUAUUUUAAAAAUAAUGAAUUCUUUUCGAGAUAGAGUAAUACAAAAUCGGAGAAAUCUCUACAAUAAUAACAAGACCAACAUUGUUAACGAUUUCAAUGAUAAUGAAAAUGAUAUAGUACAGUUCAAUGGGAAAGUGAAAAUGCCUUUGUUAGAUUUACUGUUAGAAGCUGAGAAGGAUGGUGUCAUAGAUGAGAAAGGAAUUGCUGAGGAAGUGGAUACAUUCAUGUUAGGAGGCCAUGACACUACGGCUAAUACUAUACAGUUUACAAUGAUGCUAUUAGCUAAUCACCAAGACGCACAGGAAAUGGUAGUUAAUGAAUGCAACGACAUAUUUGGAUCUUCAGACCGUUCUGCUACGAUGGCAGAUUUAGCGCAAAUGAAAUACUUGGAAUGUUGCAUCAAAGAGUCUAUGAGGCUUUAUCCGCCUAUACCAAUUAUAAAUCGAAAAGUUCAACAAACUUUAACAAUAGGAAAGUACCAAAUCCCUGCGGGAACACAGUACGGUAUAAUGAUAUACGAUUUGCAUCGUCUCGGUGAACAGUUUGUCGAACCUCUGAAAUUCCGCCCCGAAAGAUUUCAGAUGGAACCAACAUGGCACCCCUACGCAUACUUACCGUUCAGUGCUGGACCCAGAAAUUGUAUGGGUCAAAAAUUUGCAAUGAUGGAACUGAAGCUAACUCUAUCAGCACUGUUGCGUCGCUACCGACUCCUGCCCGUCACCAAACCAGAAGACAUCAUCUUCCGUCUCGACUACGUUCUACGUGUUAAAGACCCAAUUUUCGUAAAACUAGAACUACGAAGUGAAGAUAAAUGAAAUUAAUAAAGAAAAGAGACAUUAACAUUUAAAAAUCGUAAAA